GCUGCUUAUAGUCCGUGGAGUCGCCAUUUCGAGGCUUUUCUAAUUUUCGUUGCGGAGCCUGGUUGUCGGUUUGCGAAUCCGGCGCCAUCUGAUUCGGACGUUGGCCGGAGGUUAUCGUCGCCACCAUGCCGCCCAAGUUCGACCCCAACGAGAUCAAAGUCGUGUUCCUGAGAUGCACUGGAGGUGAAGUGGGGGCCACUUCUGCUCUGGCUCCCAAAAUUGGACCCUUGGGCUUGUCUCCAAAGAAGGUGGGAGAUGACAUUGCCAAGGCCACCGGCGACUGGAAAGGACUGAGGAUCACUGUGAAGCUGACGAUUCAGAACAGGCAAGCCCAGAUUGAGGUGGUCCCAUCAGCCUCUGCCCUGAUUAUCAAAGCUCUGAAGGAGCCUCCGCGUGAUCGCAAGAAGCAGAAGAACAUUAAACACAAUGGCAGUGUCCCCUUCGAUGAGAUCGUCAACAUCGCCCGGCAGAUGAGACACCGUUCGUUGGCUCGGGAGCUCUCAGGAACUAUUAAGGAGAUUCUGGGAACCGCUCAGUCGGUUGGCUGCAGUGUUGACGGUAGACACCCCCACGACAUUAUUGAUGACAUCAAUAGUGGGGCAAUUGAGUGCCCAGCGAGCUAAGCGCCAAUGGAAUGGGCUGCAUGCAACUGUAUUUGUAUCGUUCGGUAACAAAAGUAGUUAGUUUGGCUGCUGCCAUGAAAUCUUACCUUCACUAACUUGCCACUUCGGCUUCUUAGGGCGUGAUCCCAUCACAGCCCCUUAAAAUGUGGAAAAAGUUUGUGUACUCAUUUCAAAAAUAAAAAUUGCACCUACUUUAACUCCA